AUGGAUACCUUAGUAAAUACUUCUGAAUUAAAUGUGAAUAAGCCUACGAGGUCACACUCUCCACCUCCUCACUUUGCAUUUCGUCCCAAUAAACGAACUCGCAUAACAUUACCUACCUUUAAGCGACUUUGGACGCGAAAAUUAGCAUCUUCUGUGAACUGUCUAAUAGUGGGUGCACUUCCCUCUGAAAAAUCCUCAAAGACAGUCCAUAAGGAAACCUCGUAUAUUAUAGUUGGAACAAAUGAAGGAAAAGUAUUUAUGUUUGGUGAGAAUAAGGAAGGAAUUAUGAUGGAAACGAAGAGUGGCCCUAUACAAUCUAUUAUACUUUGCGAUAUUACUGGAUUUGGUAUACCUGAUAUCAUUGUUGGUGAUUCGUAUGGUUCUGUGAUGAUUUUCGAAAAACAACAAUUAGUGGUCAAACGAGAACUAGGCGCUGCAGUGAAGCACAUGACAAUGUUUCGUGAUGCUG